UUUCUCGCGGACAAAGUGUAGAUUAAAUUAUAAAUGAUGAAAUGCUUAACAAUGUUAUUUUACCCUUUCAUUUCGUUUUGCUUUUAUUCCUUUCUAUUUUUGCAUGCUUGUACACUUUAGUUAUCAAAUGUUAAUGACCAUUAAUAUCCUUUUCUUACAUACUAAUCUGAAGAAUUGAAAUGUUUCAGAUGCAUAGAAGUUAACAAGGCUGAGGACAACCAAAGCACAUGUAGAAUAAUUACAGCUGUGCUUCGGUAAAUCCGAAAAUUCAGCCCUGUUAUCGCGGAAUUCUUUUUGUAUGUAGCGAGAUGUUCAAAGUUUCGUAUGGAUAAAUUAGAUCAGUUCGAGAAAUGCCGAAGUCAUUGUGAUCUUGUGGCUCAUUAAGAUUUUGAUACUCGAUGUUUUCAUGAAAAAUCUCUCUCAACAGGUUGGGCCUAGUAAAAACUCUGCUACUCUGAAGAAUGCGACGUGCCAAAACCUCCCUUCCCAUGAGUUUGACAAAAAAAUCGCCCAACGUGGGGCUCGAACCCACGACCCUGAGAUUAAGAGUCUCAUGCUCUACCGACUGAGCUAGCCGGGCAGUUGAGAUGAGAAGGUUAAGAUGUACAUCAAUAAAAUGUAAAAUUUAUCUCCAAUUGUUAAAAAUAGUACUUGCUCCAGAUUUGCUCUCUUAUACUCUUUUUACAUUCAUAAUUUUGGAUAUACAUGAAUUCAGGUGUGAUUUUCACGCGAAGAAUUGGGAAACCAAAACGGUAUCUACAUGGUGCAAUCAAGUUUGGGGGUUCAAGUUUUUAAAUUUUUCAUGAAUUCUUUUUAAUGAAUUAAUUUUUAACCCGAUAAAGCAAUUAUAAAACAAUUCUCUUAUCCUCAUCUCAUCGGACCUUAACUAAAACCUACAAUGUAUACAUUGUCGCAGUUUUGUAACUGCACCCUUACAUUCGUCGUGUGGAGUUUGCAGGUCCUGAAAAGAUUUCCCUCGGGCAUGAAAAAUGAAUAAUAGUAAAUAAAGGAAGAGUAAAAUAAGAAAUUUCACCGUUCUGAAUAUCCCCUGAAGAAGAUAAAAAAAAAUUUCAUCACAAUAUCAGCGGCAAUUUCCAUGUGAAUUUCAAUUUGAGAAUUUUCCCUGUCGGUCUGAAAUUAUCAUCCCCCUUCUCUUUUUCGCAGAACGAAGCUCUCAAUACGUGGCAGUUAUAUAAAGCAAUUCCUCAUACUGCACUUUGACAAUGAGUCUCGUCGACUACUGACCAUGGCCUGAAUUCCACGACCGGCUAUUCCACUUCCAUUAUUAUACUGGUAGAAGAAUGAUCAAACUACAGGUGAAAUCGGAAUGGGGGCCACAGAGGAGGACUAAAACGUACAGCAGGGUGGUGAUUUCUUCAACAUAAGCUAGCUCUUCUGAGGAUGACAUGUUCAUUUCAAAGUUGUUUUAUAUUUUUGCAUAAUUAUUACGUGCGUCGCGGUUGUCGGUAAAAGGGAAUUCGACGUCAGUGGUCCCCAGCCUUGUGUUAAAAGCUGGUAGUGACAAUUUGUCUGCGUUUCUAUCGAUCUUUGUAAAGUAAUAACGAAGCGCCACUGUACGCGUGCGCGUUAUCCCAGUCGCAGCGAACACCCCUAGUUUCUUCCUUGAAAUGAUCGGCGUUGGGGGUUGCCCGAGUAUACCGCGUCUACUCCAUUCGUCCCUCGACGCAAACUGUGGUAGAUUUUCAUGCGCAAAGACAGUCACCCCUAGACCAGCUGAGCGGCAAGUGUUCGUCGAGGACCCCGGAAAUAAAAGAGAGCAAAUAAGGACGAAAACCCAUCGAAUAACAAAACAACAACACAGAACUAUAUAAAGCAAAUAAUAGAAAAAUAAUUCAUCCAUUAUUACACAGGACUAGACAAACAUAAAAAAUCACUCCAAUGUAUUUCGGUUCUUACGCCGAUAGAAUCGAAAAAUGUCGUUGCCCAGAGAAUGGAGCUUUCAAGAAUCGUGUCGUAUGGUCGACCGGGGACUCGGAGCAGGGCCGACCGCGACCGCGUCACAGGAGGCGGUCGGCCCAACAAUUAUCGACGAAAAUAUGAACCAACAAAAUCAGUUAGGAUCGUUAUUUUCAAUACAUUCGGCGCCGGUUUUCGACAUAAACAACUGCCUCUCAUCCCCGAAGAGACCCGCUUCCCUAGUCGUUCAGGCGACCGCAACAUCAACGCCUUUGGUACCGCCGAUGCACUCGAGUCCUCCAGAAACGAUCGACGACGAGGAUAACGACAACCUUUUAACAAUUUCGAGUCUCACAGCGCGUCCUUUGAUCGCUAAAUCUCGUGAGUUACGAUCCUCAAGGUAUCGCCCUCGCUCAAAACGCCCCAAGAAAAUAUCAAGACCGAAAAAUCCAAACCUUAUACCUCUGGAUGGUGGAUACGGAUGGGUUAUCGUCUUUGGUGCUUUUUUUGUGCAAUUUUGGGUCGCGGGCCUCGUCAAAUCCUACGGUGUCCUAUACGUUGAGGUCAUGGAGACCUUCAAGGACUCCUCGGCGUCCGUUGCUUCUUGGAUACCGGCAAUUCUAUCGUGUCUCUGUCUCGCCUUGGCUCCGGUUACCAGCAUGCUGUGCCAAAAGUACAGCUGUCGAGCAGUAGUUUUUGUCGGUGGACUUUUCUGCGCACUGGGACUCACCAUAAGCUACUUUGCCACUAGUUUAGUGCACCUUUUCUUCACCUUCGGCGUCUUAACUGGUAUAGGGGGAGGCCUUUCGACGACUCCGGGAAUCGUUAUAGUUUCUCAAUAUUUCGACAAACAUCGUGCCCUGGCUAACGGAAUUUGCGUGUCGGGUACCGCAGCGGGAAGUUUCGUGUUUCCUUUACUAAUCGAGCGAUUGGUGGCAAGUUUUGGAUUCCACGGUACGAUUCUUAUCCUAGGUGGUUGCAUGUUGCACGUGUGCGUCAGUGCAACGUUGUACCGUCCGUUGGAGGACAAUUGCGUCGGCGAUAUCGGCGACGACAAGGAAGAAUCGUCCAAGGAGAAAGUAGCGGAAGUCCUGAAGGAACCGUUGCCCACGAAACAGCAGAAGCUCGAUCUGUUGUUCGCUAGCGACGUGACGACCAGACACAAUCUUUUGAACGAACUUUUUCAUCAGAACGCGGUCGUAGCCGUCGAGUUGACCGACAGCGAGGAGGAGAAGGAUAUAAUGGGGGAGGCGCUCAGGAUGAAACCGAUAUCGAAAAUACGAAGUUCCAGCAUUUUACACAGCGUCGAAGACCUCUCCACCGACUCGACUUGCGUUUACAAAGCGAGGUCAUCCCUCAGAUCGCUGAGGUCGUCGGUUCCGAGCACCCAGGCGCAGCUAGGCCCCGUCACGAACGAUCAACCGAUUCGGACUGAAGAAACUGCCAAGUCAUUCACCCAAAAAAUCACGAGAUACAUCGACCUGUCGCUUCUGAAGGACCCGCAAUUUAUAAUGAUGUGCUUAUCGGUGAGCUUGAUGUCCACGGGAAGUCCCUACAUGCUUUAUUACUUGCCUGCCUACGUUCACGCGGCUGGCUACACAAAGUCGGAAGCUGGUUAUCUGGUCGCUAUUUCGGCCGUUCUCGAUUUGUGCGGACGACUCGGUUUGGGCUGGCUCUCGGAUUUGCAACUGUUCGACAGACGAAAAGGAUACAUCGGAAGCAUAGUCGGCGCCGGAGUCGCGGUCCUCGCUAUUCCAAUGGCUCAUUCUUUCUACGUUCUGGCAUGUUCGGUGGGAAUGUACGGACUCUGUCUCGGCUGCUGGUUCUUACUCGUUCCUGUUUUACUCGCUGACCAGUACGGGACCGAUAAAAUAUCAUCGAGUUACGGCCUCGUCAGAAUGUUCCAAAGUGUCGGGGCGAUUUCCAUUCCUCCUCUCGCAGGAUAUCUUCGAGACGUAACCGGAAGUUACGCCGUCUGUUUUCUCUGCAUGGGAACAUGUAUGGUCCUCGGAGGUCUUCCGAUGCUUCUCGUUUCCGGCGAACAUUCAAAACCUUCUACACCAGCAGAAAGGACUUUGAGUAACAAGGAGAGCGUGGGAAGUACCAAAGAGUAGAAUGGCCGCGAUUGUGGUCAUCGAGACAAAAUGAAAAUGCUACAACACCAUGGAAUGUUAUAAUCAUUGGAAGAAUCAUUAUGUCAAUGUUCCGUUCUUGAGAAAUAGGAUCUGUCCGACAGGACGAGGAAUAAUUGGACGCCUUCGUUGAGAAAAAAAAUUAUCAUGGAAAAGCUGUUCAUUGUACCGCUCGUUAUACGCGAGAGGAAGAAAUCUGCAGAAUGACGAUAGAAAUUAUCGGCUUGGAAUCCAGACGAGAAAAUAAGAGUUGAAUACCAGAAAAAGCGGAAGAGAAUUGGAGAGAAUUUUCGAAAUUACACGAGAUUUCUCACGGCAGUCGUGUCUAAUCGCCACCUCAGCUAGUCGCAGUGCUGGUGAGGUUGAAAAAUGAUGGAAAUUUACUUACAGUAAGCAACAUACAAAGCCUUUUAAACUACUGGAGUCUAGGUUAACGUUUUUGAGAGGUAAGUAGGGUAAAAACUGUAUAUAUGUCAUAUUUGAAAUUUAUAACCAGCUGCGUGUAGUUUGCAAGACGGAAAAUGAAAAUAAUGGUGUGAAUAUGAAUAUUCAGAAUUUAUUUUCAGGAAUUUGAGAAAAAUUGUCAAAGAUUUUCUAUGUACCAUAUCUCAAAACUACACCCUGUCUAUUUUACCCUACUUUCUCAUAAUAUUUGUGUUUAAUACUAUAAAAUAACUAAAAAUUCCCAACCGUAAAAUUAUUUUAUUGUAUAAUAAUGAUAAGAUAUCCAAUUACAGCGAGUAUAAUCCAGCCUGUAAUAUCCGUUUGAAUUUGAAUCUCCUUGUUUCUGAGUAACCAACAUGAUUGUUUGAAAAAUAAUCGUAUUUAAUUUUCCGCAUGUGUAAUAAUUAUCCACAUGACACAUUAAUCACAAUAGGUAUACAACACACCGCAAGGUUGAAAUUAUAUUUUCCGGGAGCAAAGAGAAAAACCAACAACCUACAAUACACACACGUUCGAGUGAAA